AGAGCGCUGUCCGGGGAUCAGAGCGCACAGUGAGCUGUUGGGCGCAGCUAAGGGCUCCGUAUUCUAUUCCUACCAACUAGGCGCUAUUAGCCCCACUACCAGCAGCAGCAAGGAGCGGACUCACCUCACCAGAGGAGCAGAGAGAGAAUAAGGACAAGAAAGUAACUGAAGUUCUCCAUCAUGGGGAUGAUGAAGGGCAUUUUCCUACUGUUGAUGUUGGCCGUGCCUCAAACAUAUCAAGCAGCAGAAUCUGGGAAUGAUGAUAACAGUGUAUUUGAUCUGUUUGAGUUAACGGGAUACAACCGCAAAACUGGUUCUCGUAAGCCUGAAGGACUCCAUUUAGUAAAGGGACCUGACCCUUCAAGCCCAGCUUAUAGAAUUGAAGAUGCUGACUUGAUCCCACCACUGCCAGAAGUCAAAUUUCAAGAUUUGCUGGAUGCAAUACGUGCUGAUAGGGGGUUCAUUUUGUUGGCGACUCUGCGUCAAGCAAAGAAAAGUCGAGGGGCACUUCUGUCUGUGGAGAGAAAAGAUGGCGCAGGGCACAUCUUCAGUCUGAUCUCCAAUGGCCGGGCUGGAACCCUAGAUUUAAGUUUAAGUGGAGAAAGGAAGCAGCAGGUGGUGUCUGUAGAAGAUGCUCUCCUAGCUACUGGCCACUGGAAGAACAUCACCCUCUUUGUACAAGAUGACCGCGCACAGCUCUAUGUAGGAUGUGACAAGAUGGAAAAUGCUGAGCUAGAUGUGCCAAUACAGAAAAUAUUUACUGAGGACCUGGCAAGCAAAGCUCAUCUUCGAGUAGCAAAGGGAGGAGUAAAGGACAACUUUCAGGGAGUCCUUCAGAAUGUACGCUUUGUGUUUGGAACCACAUUGGAAGCUAUUCUGAGAAACAAAGGCUGCUCAAGCAUGACAAACUCAGUCAUCACUUUGGACAACCCAGUGAACGGCUCAAGCCCAGCCAUCCGAACGAAUUACAUUGGCCACAAAACAAAGGACCUGCAUGCUGUGUGUGGCAUUUCCUGCGAUGAUCUGUCCAAACUGUUUGCAGAAAUGAAAGGCUUACGGACGCUGGUCACAUCUCUCCAGGACCAAGUCACCAAAGAGACGGAGAGGAAUGAACUUAUUGCUCAGCGAGUAACAAUGACGCCAGGUGCUUGUCUCCACAAUGGAGUCUUGCAUAAGAACAGAGAUGAGUGGACCGUUGACAGCUGCACUGAAUGCACAUGUCAGAACUCAGCUACCAUAUGCCGUAAGGUAUCUUGCCCUCUGAUGCCCUGUACCAAUGCCACCAUUCCAGAUGGGGAAUGCUGUCCCAGAUGUUGGCCAAGCGACUCAGCUGAUGAUGAUUGGUCUCCAUGGUCAGAUUGGACACCUUGCUCUGUGACAUGUGGUCAUGGCAUCCAGCAGAGAGGACGUUCUUGCGACAGCCUUAAUAACCGCUGCGAAGGUUCUUCUGUACAGACACGAUCUUGCCAUAUCCAGGAAUGUGACAAGAGAUUUAAGCAAGAUGGUGGAUGGAGCCACUGGUCACCUUGGUCAUCAUGCUCAGUUACCUGCGGAAGUGGUCAAAUCACCAGAAUCCGUCUCUGCAACUCCCCUGUUCCUCAGCUGAAUGGAAAGCCAUGCGAAGGGGAAGGAAGGGAGAACAAGCCAUGUCAGAAAGACCCAUGCCCAAUUAAUGGUCAGUGGGGUCCUUGGUCACUGUGGGACACAUGCACUGUUACUUGCGGUGGUGGAAUGAUGAAGAGGGAGCGUCUCUGCAAUAACCCCAAACCUCAGUAUGGGGGUAAAGAGUGUAUUGGAGAUCCUACUGAUUCUCAGAUCUGCAACAAACAGGACUGUCCCAUAGAUGGAUGUCUCUCUAACCCUUGCUUUGCUGGAGUCAAAUGCACCAGCUUCAUUGAUGGAUCUUGGAAAUGUGGUUCCUGCCCACCAGGGUACAGAGGAAACGGAAUAACAUGCAAAGAUAUUGAUGAGUGCAAAGAGGUGCCUGAUGCCUGCUUCAGCCUGAAUGGAGUUCAUAGAUGUGAGAAUACAGAACCAGGAUAUAAUUGUCUCCCAUGCCCUCCUCGGUUCACAGGAACUCAGCCAUUUGGCAAAGGCAUUGAUGAAGCUAAAGCCAAUAAGCAGGUUUGCAAGCCUCGCAACCCAUGCGCCGAUGGUACCCACGACUGUCACAGGAACGCCAGAUGUAUCUACCUUGGACACUACAGCGACCCCAUGUACCGCUGUGAGUGCAAACCUGGAUACGCAGGAAAUGGAAUCAUUUGUGGUGAAGACACAGAUUUGGAUGGCUGGCCAAACGAGAACCUCACAUGUGUUGCUAAUGCUACCUAUCACUGCAUGAAAGAUAACUGCCCCAACCUCCCCAACUCAGGCCAGGAAGACUAUGAUAAGGAUGGAAUGGGAGAUGCCUGCGAUAAAGACGAUGACAAUGAUGGAAUCCUAGAUGACAGGGACAACUGUCAGUUUGUGUAUAACCCAGCACAGUAUGACUAUGAUCGUGAUGACGUGGGAGACCGGUGUGACAACUGCCCUUACAACCACAACCCAGACCAGGCUGACACAGACCGCAAUGGAGAAGGAGAUGCCUGUGCUGUGGACAUUGAUGGAGAUGGGAUCCUAAACGAGAGGGAUAACUGCCCCUAUGUGUACAAUGUCGACCAGAGAGACACAGAUAAGGAUGGUGUUGGAGACCAAUGUGAUAACUGCCCACUGGAACACAAUCCAGAACAGACUGACUCUGAUUCUGACCUCAUUGGCGAUAAGUGUGACAACAACCAAGAUAUAGAUGAGGAUGGGCAUCAAAAUAACCUAGAUAACUGCCCCUACAUCCCCAAUGCCAACCAAGCAGAUCAUGAUAAGGAUGGCAAGGGUGAUGCAUGUGACCAUGAUGAUGACAAUGAUGGUGUUCCUGAUGACAAAGAUAACUGCCGAUUGGUCCCUAACCCAGACCAAACAGAUUCUAAUGGUGAUGGCCGUGGAGAUGCUUGCCAAUAUGACUUUGAUGAUGAUAACAUACCCGAUGCAGAAGAUGUUUGCCCAGAGAAUGUGGAAAUCAGCACUACUGACUUCCGUAAAUUCCAGAUGGUGCCUUUGGAUCCCAAAGGGACAUCACAGAUUGAUCCUAACUGGGUGGUGAGACACCAAGGCAAAGAAUUGGUUCAGACUGUUAACUGUGAUCCUGGAAUUGCAGUUGGUUUUGACGAGUUCAGUGCUGUUGACUUCAGUGGCACAUUUUUCAUCAACACCGAGAGAGAUGACGAUUAUGCCGGCUUUGUGUUUGGAUACCAAUCCAGCAGCAGGUUUUACGUAGUCAUGUGGAAGCAAAUCACUCAGACAUACUGGGACACAACUCCCACUGUAGCUCAGGGCUACUCUGGCCUCUCAAUCAAGGUUGUGAACUCUACCAGCGGACCAGGGGAGCACCUACGAAAUGCACUGUGGCACACAGGAAACACCCCUGGGCAGGUUCGCACCUUGUGGCAUGAUCCUCACCAGAUCGGCUGGAAAGAUUUUACAGCUUACAGAUGGCACCUGACCCACAGACCAAAGACCGGUUUCAUUAGAGUCGUCAUGUAUGAAGGCAAGAAAGUUAUGGCUGACUCAGGACCAAUCUAUGAUAAAACAUAUGCUGGAGGAAGAUUAGGAUUAUUCGUCUUCUCACAAGAGAUGGUCUUCUUUUCUGAUCUCAAAUACGAGUGCAGAGACUCUUAAUCCAGAAGUUCUUCAUUCCAUGAAUGUUAAGAAGAUAUAGUCGCACCUUCAGAUAUGUACCAUCCUUUGGACCAUUUCUUCCAUUUUUUUUUAACCUUUUUGUUUUUUUUUUAAUUCUCUUUUUUGGAACAAAUGAUCCAUUCCAGAAAUGUGUAAUUAAAGACAGACUUAAGUAAACGGAGGAAUAUUUUCUCAAUGGAAAACCUUUGGCGAGAAAAGAUCUGCCACCGAAGAGCAACCACAUAGACUUUUUUUUUUUCCAUGGAAAGAUUAUGGAAGAUUACGCAGGAAAAAGAAUAGAAUGGUUUAGAAAAGUAACUUUCUGGAAUCCUUAGAUAUCAGAAGCACAAGACAAUGACGCUUCUCCUAUAGAACUGAAAGCUCGAUAUUUUAUCAAUAUGGCUAUUUUUUAUUGCUAAUGACAAGACAUGCAAUAUUAAGAAACAACUUAAACUGCUUUUGAGGAACAUCUUUUUGCUGUUGGAGUGGACCUGGAAUCUCCAGAGUACUAUGAAUGUGUAGUCUGUAGAUGUAGCUCCCGCUGGCUUAAGACAGAUUUCUGUAUCCCUGAUAUGGAUAAACGAUGUGUGUUGGGUUAUAGAUAUUACUGCCUAGAAAAGAGUAUUGAAUGUAGCAUGUGUGUGUGUGUGUUUGCGUGCGUGGGUGAGAGAGAACAGUCCAGAUAACCAGAAUAUUUGACCAUGUUUGUUCAAAUGAAAGAUGCACUUGUUCCCGGCUUAAGCAAAAAAAAAAAGCGCUCGGUAUAUUGGAAACUAGCAUAUACAAUGCAGUAAUUAGCACUUGCCUGGGACCUUGUGCUGUUAAGGGUUAGAAAGGCACAAAAACAGGAAAAGGAACAGUUACAGGUCAGGUAGGAAUAAUUCAGUUGCAGGAGACAAUUAGAAAAGCAGAAAAUGUAUAUGUAUUUAUAUUUGUACAUGAGACGCAGGAAUAUUGGGUCAUUCUGCUGUGCGGUUUGGAAACAGACGCUUACGGUUCAGGCAUGGGCUAGGGAUAGAUUUUUUACUGAAGGCGAGACAGCCAAGUUGCGUGUUGAUCUUUCUAAAGAACCAGUGGGAGAGCAAGGAAAGAAGGGUGGAUAGCCGAGUGUACAGCAGCCUGGCUGUACUUACAGUGUAAAUGGGAACCAUAUGUCUUCCAAUAGCCGCACAAGACCCUAAUUACAUUACGGCAGGUAAGCAGCUUCUCUCUGCAAUUACAAAAGCAACCAGCAACCUUAAACCUUUCGCAUACAAAUAUUACCUCAUUGUGUGACUGAGAAACAAAAGAAAAAAAAAAGGAUGUCUUUGAUUUCAAGAGGAAAAACAGAAAAAAUUGGACAGAUAUUUAAAAAGCAUUUUUAAAAAAAAAUCUACUGUAGUGUUAAUCAGCGCUGUAAAUAGUUACAUUGACUGUCUAUCCCCAGGAAAGUAUUUUAAACUUUUUUUAUGUAAUAAAAAUAUUGUGAUAUUUUUUCUAUAUUUGUAUUAUUAAUUUUGUCGCUUCCGUUUGUAUAAAUGUUUUUUUUUUUAUUAUUUUUGUAUUGCUGUUUAGUGUCUUGGGUAUUUUGUAGAUAUGCUAUUUAAAUAAUUUAUCAGGAACGGCUUCCUGUUGUGCUCUUGCUCCUGUCUGUAUAAAAUGUUUUGCACUUGAAAGAGCUUUGCAAAUAUCUGCCCCAGAUUUUUUUUUUUUUUUUAAUAUCCGUGUAUACUUUUAAAUUUUUUUUUUUUUACAGAAAGAGAAACCUUUUUUUGUAAACAUUUCAACUUUUCUAAGAAAAAUAAACAGAUGUAAAUUGUACAGCAAAAUGUUGUUACAUGUAAAAUAUAAAAUAAACUAUUAAAAACA